CCGUUAUAUGCACGUGUAUAUAAAGAGUGUUUAUCAUUUACAAGUCGGAUACCCAACGUAGCGGUAGUAAGGUGUUAGUGAAUUUUCAAAAUGAUUGAAUUAUCGUUGAAUAAUCCCGUUAUACAAGCAUACAUCGUUCAUUCUACAAUUUUAGCCGGCAAGUUAUUACUAAUGAGUAUUUUGACCGCUGCAGUGCGUAUAACAUUAAAAGUGUUCCCAAACCCAGAGGAUGCCAGUUUUUUAAGAGGUAAAGUGAAGUUUGGUGACCCCACAGUGGAACGUGUGCGACGCGCGCAUCGUAAUGAUUUGGAAAACAUACCAGCGUUCUGGAUCCUUGCAGCUUUCUAUUUGACAAUUAACCCAUCAGCCGCAUGGGCAAUUAUGUUCUUCAGGGUAUAUACUGCAUGCCGUAUCGUGCAUACUCUGGUGUAUGUUAUCCCCGUUCCACAGCCUUCGAGGGCCAUUACCUUUGGUAUUGCGUAUGCUAUAAAGAUGUGUAUGGCUGCGCAAAUAAUUUUAUACUAUAUUACAUCGAUUUCGUUUAUUUUUUACUCUGGAGUUUUGGGUGCCAAAAUGUUGUUUAUGUCAUUUUUAACUGCGAGGCAAAGAUACAGGAAAAACGUAUUUGCCAACGAGGAAGACGCAAAGGCAAAAAAGGGUGUUGUGAAGUUUGACGAUCAGGACGUCGAGAGAGUUCGACGGGCGCAUUUGAAUGACCUUGAGAAUAUACCUGCUUUCUGGGUCCUUGGAGCAUUGUACUUGACGACAGGUCCGUCUGCGGCUACAGCAAUAACCUUGUUCCGGGUGUAUGCCGCGGGUCGCAUUUUGCAUACAAUUGUAUAUGCUGUUACACCUAUACGGCAGCCGGCUCGGGCGAUCGCAUUUGGAGUGCCCAUGUUAAUCUCGCUGUUCAUGGGAGCAAAGGUCGCAACACACUACUUGGCAGAUAUGUAAAUAUAUAUUUGCGAACGGUCAAGGAGCAUUUAUAAAACAUGUGAUUUGUCAUGAGUGUAGGUACUCUAUACCACAAUGCGCUAGCAUUUAAUUGUCCUAGAAAAUUAAGAUAAUGUUUCAUAUUAUUAGCUAUUAAAUGUAUGUUUAUUA